AUGGCGACCAAGGUUGCCAAAUCCGCUGUCCAGAAGAGAGACAUGGAUGUAGCCGCAACGGCCAAACGCAAGGAUGGUGACGAUCGGAUGGCUAGAGAUGCCAAGGUCCGCAAAGAAGCGCUCCACAGGGUUGAAGGCACAAAGUCUCUCACCUCAACCCCAACGAGCGGCCAACAAAGAGCUCAACCGGCAAAGCGGCCGCCAGCUCCCACGACAUCUCAGAGCCAGGCCUCGCAACAAAGCCAAGCCCAAGUCCCCAAGGUUGACCUGGCAUCGCUGAUGGACUCAGCUUGGGAUACAGUCGAGAAGCGGGACGACGAUAAGAGCAAGACACAAGAGGACAGGAAUGGCAAAUUCAGAAAAUCUGCGAGCACGGACGAGCACCGCCAAAGCGCUGACAAGCACAGAUAUGAGCCGCGCAGUGAGCUCAAGCACGACUCGGAAGGCUCGCCUCCCAAUCGAGCUGAAAUCGAGGCGCAGAAGCAAAGGGACGCUCAACAGCGCAGUGAAUUGGUCAACAAAACCAACUCGAUUGAGUUACAAAACCAAUCCAACCUCCGGCGCGAGUUUGACGAACGGCUCAGCGUCAUGGGCCACAGCGAAGUUACUCGGCGUAUGGACCAGUACCGCAGUCAAAUGCUCAGCAGCUUCCUCAAGAGCGAGAUGGGCCAGCCCUCGGGCUUGACGCCGUCUGGUGCGGCACUGGCAGCCUCUCGAGCCGAAACUUCGAGCCUGUUGCUCGAGAGCAGCCAGUCGGAUGGUCUUGACAUUGGCGCAUCGGCCACGUCAGAGCCCGACAGCCGCGGCUAUCAGUCCUUCGGAAAGGAAACAGAGUCUGGGGACGAUGUUGAGACGGACAUGGACAUCGAUGUCGAUCUCAGUUAG